GACAACGUCACUGCUUUCUUUGGUUAUUUGUUGUCAACAAAAUUAAAGCACUUCCCGCUUUUGGUUUACUAAAAACAAAGAAAAACAAUCCAUGAUUUCGUAAUUUUCUACCAACCCCUCCCCCCGCUCAGUUUGUUAGCCGCACAGUGGCCUCCGCUGUUCUGGUACGUGCUGUUGCCCGCUUGAAGUAAGGGGCCAAUUUCAUCGCGACGCUUACCUAGAGCAGGCCGCGGAAAAACGCCGGUUCUGGCGUCUUGCGUCGCGAUGGAAUACAACAACACCUACAACAAACCGUACUGUGGCAUAUCGCAGCCGACCAUACCACCAGCAGCAGCAGCCGUCCCAGGCAGCUCCGGGUUCUUCCCGGCCAAUGACACCGCACCGUCACCGUUCCUUAAAGUGCCCAAUCCACCGUACAUCAAGCAGGAGACGGUCCCGGUGGGCGGAGAAUCGGUUAUUCCGGGUGGAACGGUAACACCGCCCGUCAACUACAGCCAGGAUCAUCAUCAUUAUGGCACGGCGGGGAGUUACGGCGAACCGGGCGAUGUGGAGAAACCUCCCCUGUUCUAUCGCAAAGCGUUUGACAUGCCGUACAUGGCGACACCGUACGUGCAGUCCCAUCUUGCGCAACAGUUUCCUCAACAUCUUCCCUCACAUCCUAACCAACUGCCGCCUCACCAGCACCAUGCAGUACACAGUCAGCCGGUUCCUCAUUUCCAACACCAACAGCAGCAGCAGCUCCUCCACCACCACCAGCAGCCACUUGCGCCACUACCUACGAUCGUGCCAUCCGAUAUGCAUUCACCACAGCAACUUGGACCGGAGCAGUUACAGCGAGCCCAGCCACAGCAACAGCACCAACAGCAACAGCAUCCGUCGAGCUUCCACGACUACUUUGACCACCUGGAUCCUUCCUCCCUGGAACCGUAUGCGUACGUGCUUCAAAAGCCUGCCCCGCCGGUUCCACCGAUCCAGCCCAGUGAAACUGGUUCCCCGCUGCCUGCCUCAUACCCGACCGCCUCGCCAGUUGCUCCACCAGCAGCAACACCUUCCCCGUACACCCCGCUGUGUGAGCCGCCGGACAGCAGCAAGGUACGCUUCAAGUGUGAAACCUGUCCGAAAUCGUUCGACACGAAGCAGAAGCUGGAAAAGCACAACCGCACCCACCAGCCGAACGGUGGUGCGGCCGGGCUCGAGUUUAAAUGCCGCAUGUGCGACAAAACGUUCCGCACGAAGAGUACGCUCAUCUGCCACGAGAAGGUGCACGGCGAGAGUGGCCUAGGCAGCAGCUGCUCCUGCGUCGAGUGCGGCAAGGUGUUUGCGACGGAGGAAAAGCUACAGGUGCACCGGCGGCUGCACACGGGCGAAAAACCGUACCAGUGCAAGGUGUGCCUGAAGUGCUUCAACCACCAAUCGAACCUGAUCGUGCACGCGCGCAUCCACGACAAGGUGAAGCAGGCGCUCAAGUGUGCCCGGUGCAGCAAGGUGCUGGACAGCGAGGAGCGGCUCGCCGUCCAUAUGCGGCUGCACACGGGCGAAAAGCCGUACAAGUGUUCGUACUGCGACAAGCGCUUCAAUCACAAGAGCACGGUCAGCACGCACGAGAAGGCGGCCCACAUUGCGGCCAACUCGUACCGGUGUGGCCGCUGCCACAAGACGUUCAACCAGAAGUGCCAGCUGCAGUACCACGAGAAGCUGCAGGAGGAGCACACGAUCGCGUGCGAGCACUGCGAGAAGGUGUUUUGCUACAAGGCGAGCCACAAGGAGCACCUGUUUAAGGUGCACUUUCCGCGGCCGAAAAAGAAAACGCAGCGGAAGGGAGGCAGUCUGCGGGAGGGAGAUGAACAGCAGCAGCAGGAAUCGGGCACUGGCGGUGCAAUGGCUGGGAGCAACGAAGGGGGUAAUCAGGGCCGCAACAAGUUCAAAUGUACCGUGUGCGAUCGUCGGUUUUACUACGAGCGGGCGCUCGAGAUGCAUAUGGGCGUGCACGAUGCAUCGCUGGACGUGAACGUGCUGUACUUUUCCUGCGACUACUGUCCGGAAACGUUCACCGAGGAGGAGACGCUGCAGCAGCACGAGGCCCGCCACGUGGCCGACGGGACGACCGAUUUCCGCGCAAACAUGAAACGGGCCGAGGAAGGGGGAAACGCCACCACCGGGCACAGGUGUCCGCUGUGCUUUAAGCAGUUUGAGGAUGAACCGUCCUUACGCGAACAUCACCGUUCGCACCUGUGCCCAUUUCCCGACUGUGCGCGGUGCGACCCAGUACGGCGCGAUGAUGCGUUCGACCUGACGCGCAGUACGUACGAUCCGGCGGACGAUACGCAACCAACGGUGUGUAACGUGUGCCAUCGCGUACUGCCAACGUUCGAGGCGUACCAGAACCACUUCCACUACCAUACGUCGCGCGUCCCGUUCUACUGCUACCACUGCCGGGAGGAGUUUAACGACAAGCGGGAGCUGUACAACCACACGCGGACGCAUGCGCCUCGCGCACCGGAAUCGUACACGUGCGAGGUGUGCGCGAAGGUGUUCUCGACCAAGGGGAACUUUAAGCGGCAUCUGAAAUCUCACGAAGCGGUCCGGGCGUUCGCGUGCGAUCGCUGCUCGAAGCAGUACGACUACAAGAGUGCGCUCGAGGUGCAUCUGAAGCGUUCGCACGGUAUUGAGCUGUGAUGCCGAGGUGUAACGACGGGUGUGAGAAGAUUGUGUCUUCCUGUUUCGACAAAGUGAAACCAGAAGGGGGAGGAGGGGAAAAGGAAUUAAUAUUUUGCCUGAUUGCGAUUGAUCGAUGACGGAGGGGCGUUUAUUAUUAUUAUUAUUAUUAUUAUUAUUAUUAUUAUUUUAAUAAAACCGGCGCUUCAUCCUCCCGACCGGGGACGGACAAUA